UGAAAGGCUUGCGAAUUACUCUCUUCGUCGUCAAUUAUUCUCUCCAACACACCUGUGUCGAUACAAGCCGAUCUUCAAGGCGAACAAACGAAAAGUCCGUCGAUAUGGAAGAGGAAGAUCUUAAGUGGUACAGUCCUUUCGUGCUCCUUGUUGGAGCUAUUCUAAGUUUUGCUGAUCCCAUCACCGACAUACUCACACUGGUGGAAUUCUACCGCGCGGAUCACAUGACAUGGUUUGGUGUAGGGCUUACUUUUGUUUUGUUGCCAUGUUUGGCGUUUCCAGUGUUCUACCAGGGGCGUAGCAAUGAACCUUCACCUUCUUCUUGUGCAAGAACUGCUCUUUGCGCAUUUCAUCCAUUUUCAGCAGCCUUCGCAAGACUAGAAGCUUUAUUUCACUGUCUCAAGAAUUGGUGGUAUAAAGAUGAAAUCGACUCCCACUCCGAUAGCAAAGCUGAAGAUGUACUCAAUUACAUUUUCUUCGCUGUACUCUUUGAGGCAGUCCUUGAGUGCGCUCCACAAUUUAUAAUUCAAUUGUACGCCAUCAUUGUUCAGGAGGAACCAGCUGCAAUUAUCCAAAUCAUUUCUCUACCUAUCUCUUUCCUCACUCUGGCAUGGGCCUUCACAGCCACUGAUAAGAUGUCUCUUGCCGAGCGCGAAAUAAUACCAAGUAGCGGUGCCAUGAAGGUUAAACAUCAACUAGCAUUGUAUGUAACUCACUUGCUUCUCCUGAGCAGUCGACUGUUCGCCAUCUGUUAUUUUACCGUCAGCUACAAGUGGUGGGUUAUUGGCGUUGUAAUGUUUCAUUCUUGUGCCGUAGUAAUAGCGACUGUUAUUCAGAAUAGAGACAAAGUUGACUGUGAUGCCUCAAGUGUUCUCUUUAUUUUAUUGUUCAUGGGCAUUCACAGUCUAAGAGAUGACUUAGUAGAAUUAUCGAUGGCUUUAGAAAUAACUGGUCUAACCAUGGGUAUGUAUUUAUCACAUAUUUUGUUUGUAUUAGAAAACUUCUUUAUGAUCCUGACGUUUUAUUUCACUUAUAACCCAAACGCUUGGUACUCUUUACCUGUCACUGUGAGUGUUUGUGUGUUCAGUGUUCUUGGCUCCACAAUGAGAAUUUGCUUAUUUCGUUGGCUUAGCAAGAGACCUGCCGAACAGCUCAGCAGCUGUGAUGACAGCAGUAAUGUGAAUGCUAGUGUUGAGAAGUGUUAUGAAAGUUCAGUAUAAUCUGCUAAUGCGCCUAUAUUUUGUCUGUACCUACUAUUUGAAUUUGAAGUGCGAAGUUAGGUUUAAGCUAUGGAAACGAGUUUCGAAGUUGUGACUAUCUUGUUUAACUUCCAUCGCUGGACGUGCGUCGUUGGACCACUAGCCUUGGCCAUGUCCCUCGCGAAAGUUUCAGGAAUAUUUAGCCGGCUUAAAAAACGGUUGUUCCUCGGUGUAUUUAUAGGCUCAUGUUUUGGCUUACGUGGUCAAAGAUUGAUUCUGUCGAUCGAAAGCAUUAAAUGCGUUGUUUUUCAUUUUGUGAGAUUCUAAUAUAAAAGAGUUUGAAUUAGUGUUCUCACAAAAAAUGUUAAAUCUUCCAAGGUCAGUUGACAUGCAUGCCCGCUUAGAGAGUCGAGAGUCCUUAGUGCCUUUCGUAAAAGCGUGUUGCGGUCUGCAGCUAGAUUGCUCAUUAUUGCAAACCAAUAUGCCUGUAUGGCGGUGGACUUGGUAACAGGUAAUAAGAUUUAGAGCUCGAGUUUCUACUUAUUUUCAUCUGUAAGUAAAAAUCAUUAGAUGUGAUAGAUAUUUUAGCUUUGUAACUCGAAAUGUAGAAGGAAUGAAAUAUACUAAACAUGCCGUGAGUUAUGAAUACAUAUUACUAAUAUUAUAGAGUAGCUUGAAGAUACUUAUUAAAAUACGCGAUUUUAGCUAGGAGUAAGUGGCUUAGAGGUUUGAUACUUUCAACAAGUUUAGGAUUAAGAGUUUAGGAUUUUGAUUGAUGUUGAUCUAGAAUUUGACUCUCAUGUUAACAAAGAUGUUGAUUUGCAUAUUGAACGGCACUUCAGUGUGUAGAGCU